GCACCCCGUUUGAGAGGUGGCCAUGGGCCCCGUUUGAGAGGUGGCCAUGGGCCCCGUUUGAGAGGUGUGGGGGAACGGGGUCGAGGACAAGGACCAAGACAGCAACGGCAAAGAGUCUCCAAUGAGAUUAGAGCAAUGGUUGUAGAUCAUGUCAUCAAUCAUGGCAUGACAAUGAUUGAGGCAGCGAGAAUGAUACAACCAAACCUUAAAAGAUCAACCGUGGCCUCAAUCAUUAGAACUUUCCGCAAUGAGAACCGGUAAGUCUUCAGCAUGCACUACAGUAAACAUUACAGUACUGUAGGCUACUCUUACUGUAAUUGUCAAAUGAUUGUACACUGCAUGCCAAUGUGCAGCACAGAGUAGGUAAUGUGACUAUGAAAAUGUGUUCUACAGUAUGAUGACAUGUUCUUCCUGUCAUAUUCCCUACAGAAUUGAGACUAGACCCAAUAGUGGAGGCAGAGGCAGACUCCUCACUGAGGAACAGGAACGGGCUGUGGUCAACAUGGUCCGGGCCAGAAAUGACAUUCGGCUUAGAGAAAUCAGACAGAACAUCCUGGACGAUGAAGAUCUCUUCAGGAAUGUGGAAGCCAUAAGUUUGCCGACCAUUGCAAGUGUUCUGAAAAGGCACCAGGUGUCCCUCAAACAGUUGUACCGUGUGCCUUUUGAAAGAAAUGCAGACAGAGUGAAGCAACUGAGGAUUGAGUAUGUUCAGAGGGUGAUGGCCCUGGAUGCGGAUGAAAAUCAUCACAAAUUUGUUUUUGUGGAUGAGGCAGGCUUCAACCUGGCCAGGACAAGGAGGAGAGGGCGAAAUUUAAUUGGCCAGCGGGCAACCAUACAAGUACCUGCACGACGUGGGGCCAACAUCAGUAUGUGUGCGGCGAUAUCAGAAGAUGGUGUGGUAGGGCGUAGAUCUCUGAUUGGCGCAUAUAAUGCAGAGCGCCUUAUUGCAUUUCUUGAUGAGCUAACUCUAGUCUGUAGAGCUGUUGGUGUAAUUUAUGUCAUUGUGUGGGACAACGUCAGGUUCCACCACGCUCAUCUGGUGCAGGCAUGGUUUCAGGCCCAUCCACAGUUCCUCACUGUGUACUUGCCCCCAUACUCUCCUUUCCUUAACCCCAUUGAGGAAUUUUUCUCCACAUGGAGGUGGAAAGUGUAUGAUCGGCAUCCGCAUCAACAAGUGACCCUUCUUCAGGCCAUGGACAAUGCCUGCGAUGACAUUACAGCAGACCAGUGUCAGGCCUGGAUUCGCCAUGCGCGAAGGUACUUUCCAAGAUGUUUGGCAAACGAAAACAUCUAUGCGGAUGUGGAUGAGAACCUGUGGCCCAAUCCACAAGACAGGGUUGAUGGGGGAUGACGAGUGAUUGUUGAUCCUUUGUUUAGCUUUUUUUUCUUACUGUACAGUAACCAGGUGAGGAACACGGCAGUUUGUUUUGUAGGACUUUUUUUUUGUUUUGUUACAGUAAUUGUUGCUUUCAUUCAACCUAUGUUGUCAUUUAGUUUGUAUUCAUCAAUAAAUUUCAGCUUUGUUCAAUGAUUCCACUGUGUCUGUGGUAUUCUCUCUACUAAUCCUUUUACAGUGACAUUACGUGUAGCACAGGAUGAAACAUGUAUCACAUAUUUUGUACUACAAUAUUAAAUGGCUGUACGAACAACUAAACAGUGAAACUAUGUGUAUGUUGUGUGUGGGUGAUCUAAAGAAAUGUCCCUAUGGGAUUUCAUGAUAAAUGAGUUGUUUGAACCAAUGAUUCUGUGAGUGCAAGCUUUCUUUAAAGAUAUGAAUACACAAUGCAAUGUUUUGAACGUUGGACAGCCUGUGAUACAAGUGGUGGCCGUUUUGAGUUUUGUAUCUAGAGUUGUGAAAAAUGACAUCAAAGUUCUGAAGCUAGUGUCAAAGCGAUUGACAAAAACUGUAAAAGCACAUAAAAGGGUUAAAAUUAGACGGUUAAGAUUACCUGCAUGUCGGGUUAUGGACAAGCUAUAGUAAACAACAGUGUUUUUAGACCUGAUUUAAAUGCGCUUACAGUCUGUGCACACCUCAGGUGUUCAGGGAGCUUGUUCCCCAGGUGUGGAACAUAAAAACCGAAUGCUGCUUCAGCCUUUUUAGUUCUGACCCUGGGAACACAGAGUAAACCUGUCCCUUAAGACCUGAGGAGUCUAGGCGCCUCAUAUACAACAAGUGGGUCAGAGAUGUAUUUUGGACCUAGACCAUUCAGUGUCUUGUAGGUCAGCAACAGAAUUUUAUAAUCUAUCCUCUUACACACAGGAAGCCAGUGCAAAGAUUUAAGGACAGGUGUAAUGUGGUCCAUUUUCUUGGUGUUGGUCAAGACUCUGGCAGCGGCAUUUUGGAUAAGCUGCAGUUGUUUAAUUGAUUUUUUAUUGAGACCUGUAAAGAUGCCAUUACAAUAAUCUAACCUACUAAAAAUAUAUGCAUGAACAAGUUUUUCAGUGUCUUCUUUGGACAGAAAUCCCUUGAUUCUUGCAAUAUUUUUUA